GAGGCGCUGCGUUUUGCUGGCGUGAGUUCCCGGAAAGUCGGGAAGGAGGCUCUGUUUUGUGCCGGUCCCGCACCUGGCUGGCCAGCGCCUCGGGCCCAGGCUCCGGGUAGACGGGGUCGGACUCAAUACAGCCUCGGGCCGCCCGCUCCGAGGUGUGCCUCACCUGCUGGGCUGUACCGGCCCGCAUCGCCUUACACCCCGCUGCUGAAGGCCGGAGGACUCCGCCCGUGACAGGCAGACAUCAGUCCUUCCAUCUGGCGCUUGUUAUGUACGGGUUCGUUUCUGCCAGAGCUGUGUGAAGUGAGACCAUAUGCUGCUUUUCUUUUCUUUUCCUUUUUUUUUAAAAGCAGAAUUUAACUACUUAGUAAUUUUGUGUUCUCCACCCAUUGCCUUUACAAUGGAACCCAAACGCUAAGAAAAGAUCCUAUCUGCUGUGUGGAGAAUGGAUUGGAAAAGAGAAAGAAGGGGGAGACCAUGCAGGAAACUCUUGCAGAAGUUCAGAGGACUUUCAAACCAGUCCCUGAGACCAACCAGAACACUGUUUGACACAGACAACUGGAUGGAGACCUAGCUGGGAGAAGGAAGAUGCUCCUGGAAGGAACUGAUACAGGAUAACAACAUGGAAAGGAAAGCCCAGGAGAGCAGGAAAGGUCUGACCCACAGAGAAGUCCCUCGUGUUGUUGGGCUGCUGCUCGCCAUGGCCCUUAUGAAUGUGGUCCUUUACCUCUGCUUCGACCGAUUUUUCAUAUCCCCUCAACAUUCCACCAAGGACCCUAGAUCUUGUCCAUAUGGUUACUUCAAAAUGGGGCAGAUGAAAAACUGUUCACCCUGGCUGUCCUGUGAGGAGCUGAGGACAGAAGUGAGACAGUUGAAGCGUGUUGGGGAAGGAGCCGUGAAGAGAGUCUUUCUGUCUGAGUGGAAGGAACGCAAAGUUGCGCUCUCACGGCUCACCAGUCUGGAAAUGAGAGAUGAUUUCCUCUAUGGACUACAGAUGCUGAAAUCUCUACAAAGCAAACACAUUGUCACACUGCUUGGCUAUUGUGAGGAAGACAACACUAUUCUUACUGAAUAUCACCCCUUAGGUUCCUUGAGCAACCUGGAAGAAACACUAAACCUUUCAAAGUACCAGAAUGUGAAUACAUGGCAGCACAGGCUGCAGCUGGCCAUGGAUUAUGUUGGUGUCAUUAACUACCUGCACCACAGCCCCCUGGGCACGCUGGUCAUGUGUGACUCUAAUGACCUGCCCAAGACACUGUCUCAGUAUCUGCUAACAAGUAACUUCAGCAUUGUGGCAAAUGAUUUAGAUGCCUUACCCCUGGUGAACCACAGCUCUGGGACAUUUGUGAAAUGUGGCCACAGGGAGCUUCAUGGGGAUUUUAUAGCUCCUGAGCAAUUAUGGCCUUAUGGAGAGGACAUACCUUUUCAUGAUGAUCUCAUGCCCUCAUAUGAUGAGAAGAUUGAUAUCUGGAAGAUUCCAGAUGUUUCCAGUUUCCUUUUGGGGCACGUUGAGGGUAGUGAUAUGGUUCGAUUCCAUUUGUUUGAUAUUCAUAAGGCCUGUAAGAGCCAGAAUCCUGCAGAAAGACCCACUGCUCAGGAUAUUCUGGAUACUUAUCAGAAGGUUUUGAAUUUACUCAGAGAUACUGUGAUGUCUCAGACAAGAGAAAUGUUAUAAAAAUCAGUGCAGCCAUUGAAGGGUGGGGUUUGAGGACCGAAUGGAAGUUAUAGCAGUUCUACUCUGAUGGUGGUUUUUUGUGUAAGCCCUAUGGUUUUUUGUUUGUUUUGUUUUUUUAUUCAGCUAUGUGGCUUUUUUUCUAUGU